AUGGCUUCUCAAGCACAACCCGGUGGGAAGGGCAACAGGAACGACUUCUUGGUCUCUUUUGGGACUGACCUGCUGGCUGGAGGGAUAGCCGCCGCUAUCUCCAAGACGGCAGUGGCGCCGAUCGAGCGAGUGAAAUUGCUGCUGCAGGUCCAGGCCUCCUCCAAACAAAUCCGCCCCGAGAACCGCUACAAGGGUAUUGUCGACUGCUUUGUCAGGAUACCAAAGGAGCAAGGAUUUAUCAGUUUCUGGCGUGGUAACCUAGCCAACGUUAUUCGAUACUUUCCAACGCAAGCACUGAACUUUGCCUUCAAGGACAAGUAUAAACAGAUUUUUAUGUCAGGAAUCAACAAAGAUAAUCAGUUCUGGAGGUAUUUUAUAGCAAAUUUAGCUUCUGGAGGAGCUGCUGGUGCCACAUCACUGUGUUUUGUGUAUCCACUGGACUUUGCAAGAACUCGUUUAGGGGCUGAUAUUGGAAAAGGACCUGCGGAGCGGCAGUUCCAUGGCCUACUGGACUGCAUUGUCAAGAUAGCAAAAACCGACGGGCCCAAGGGUCUAUACCAAGGAUUUGGGGUCUCUGUGCAGGGCAUCAUUGUGUAUCGUGCUUCUUACUUUGGAUGCUACGAUACAGCCAAGGGAAUUCUGCCAAACCCAAAGAGCACCCCCUUCCUUGUGUCCUUCCUCAUCGCUCAGAUAGUGACGACAUUCUCUGGGAUUCUGUCCUAUCCCUUUGACACGGUCAGGAGGAGAAUGAUGAUGCAGAGUGGGGAAGCAGAUCGUCAGUACAGAGGAACAACUCACUGCUUCAAGAAAAUCUACAAGCAAGAGGGAGUGCCAGGUUUUUUCCGAGGAGCCUUCUCUAAUGUCCUGCGUGGGACUGGUGGUGCCUUAGUGCUGGUGUUUUAUGAUAAAAUCAAAGAGUUACUGAACAUCAAUGUUGGGAAGUCCUCUUCUGAAUAA